CGGGGAGCGGUACGGCAUGGUGUCGCUGGGAGAGCGUCGCCCACCGGCCGAGGCGGCCGGGGACGAGGCGGCCGGGGACCUGGCGGCGCUGGCGGAGCUGGACGAGGCGGCGCUGCUGGGCGGGCUGCGGGAGCGGUUCCUGCGGCAGCAGGUCUACACCGACAUCGGGGACAUCCUUGUCGCCAUGAACCCCUUCCAGCCCCUGCCGCUGUACGGGAGAGAGGUCUCCAAGCAGUACCAGCACCACGAGACGGGCACGCUGCCGCCCCACAUCUUCGCCGUGGCCAACCGGGCCUACCACGCCAUGCUGGGCCGCCGGGGCGGCCGGCCCCAGAGCCAGUGCGUCGUCAUCAGUGGAGAGAGCGGUGCAGGGAAAACAGAGAGUACGAAGCUAUUGUUGCAGCACAUAAUGAACCUAUGCAAAGGCAACUCACAGCUUGAGCAGCAAAUCCUUCAGGUAAAUCCAUUGCUUGAAGCUUUUGGCAAUGCCCAGACUGUAAUGAAUGACAACAGCAGCCGCUUUGGAAAAUACAUACAGCUGCGUUUCCAGAAUAAUACAGUGCGAGGUGCAAAGCUGAGUGAGUACCUGUUAGAGAAGUCACGGGUAGUGCAACAAGACACUGGGGAGAGGAAUUUCCAUAUCUUCUACUACAUGUUUGCUGGACUCUCUUUGGAGAAAAAGGAGAUGUAUGGGCUAUUGGAUCCUUCACUCUACAGGUACAUAAGUGGACGAUUUGGUACACAGGAUGUAGCUCAGCGCUGGAAGCACAAAUACCAAGAGGUGUGCAAUGCCCUUGACAUGGUGGGCUUCCAAGAACAGGAGCAAGUGGACAUGCAGGCUAUCUUGGCUGGUGUGUUGUCUCUGGGCAACGUGACCUUUGAGCCUGAGGAGAGCAAUGGGUCUGUAAAAGUGAGUGAAGCCUCCCGGGGAUGGCUGAAGGCUGCAGCGGGUCAGUUUGGGGUCCAGGAAGAUGAACUGUUAAAAUGCCUUAUUUGUACGAUGUCAGUGACCCGAGGCGAGCAGAUUCAGCGUUUUCAUACCCAGCAGCAAGCAGAAGAUGCUCGGGACUCCAUUGCAAAGGUGGCGUAUGGCCGAGUGUUUGGCUGGAUCGUUUGCAAGAUCAAUGAGCUGCUGGCUGAGAAUGUGGAUCCUGAGGUGGAACUGAGGGAGAUAGGUAUCUUGGAUAUUUUUGGGUUUGAAAACUUUGCAGUGAAUCGUUUUGAACAGCUUUGCAUAAACUUGGCCAAUGAGCAGCUGCAGCAUUUCUUCAACUGUCACAUUUUCCAGCUGGAGCAGGCUGCCUAUAAGGAGGAAGAGCUGCCUUGGGAGACUAUCACUUUCAACAAUAAUGAACCUAUUCUGAAUCUGCUUCUGGCCAAGCCACUUGGGCUCCUGUCUCUUCUGGAUGAGCAGAGUGCAUUCCCUCAGGCAACUGAUAAGACGUUUGUGGAUAAACUAAAUAGCAGCUUCAAGGGGAAUUUACACUUCCAGCCAGGCCGAGGCCGUGUUUUGGGCUUCAGCAUCAUUCACUAUGCUGGAAAAGUACAAUAUACUGCUGGGGGCUUUCUAGAGAAGAAUAGAGACACCUUGCCAGCCAGCAUCCGUGGGCUUUUCAUCAACAGCGUCACCCCCUUGCUCAGUGUGCUGUUCACAGGCAAGUCCCUCUGCUUUGAUAGCGCAUCCCACAUGAAUCAAGGCCCACGUUGGCAAGAGCUAAGUGUGAGGAUGAGGCUCAUGUACUAUGAAUGUGUUUCACAGCUGGCAAUGCCAGGGAGACCCUGGGAAGGCUGCAGCUUGAAGUGGGGCUGCUGCUAUAUGAGCUGUGGGAGCUGUUCAUUCCCCCGGGUAUGUAGGCACGAUAGCAGGAGUAGCCUUCAGAGGUGUUCUUCCUGUGAAAUUGAAGGGCCACUGCAUAGGCAUAGUUCUGACCACAAGCCUGACCUCCUUUACAGAUGCUAGUUCCAGCAGAGCCUGACCUUUCUAGGGAUCAGUUUUUUGUUAACAGCUGUCAUUUUGCAGGGUGUUAGUUUACCCAUCAGCAAGACCUCCUGGUAUCUAUCCAGUAAAUUUUAUAGCUAGUAUCUUUUGGCUGGAAAGCAAGGCAGGUUGUGUCCUCUUCCAGACAAUUAGCCACUGCUCAGAUGUCUUCCCUCAGAUUAGAUAGCCCAUUGUCUCCAGGGCCAGUGCAGGACUGUCUCCAUAUACUCUGUUCUUAUUUAGAAAUAAAGCUGGACAAGGUCAUAACUUCUAUCUGUUUUUUGUCUAGAGAUGAAGGUGGACAACAUCAUAACUUCUAUCUGUUCUUGUCUAGAGAUGAAGCUGGACAAGGUCAUAACUUCUAUCUGUUCACACUGAAAAUAGAAUGCUGUAGAGCCAUAAGCAAUGAGUGUAGAGAUUGUCCUUUUCAAACACAUUUUGGUUUUCAGUAAGAAUUUGUUAAAUAACUCUGAGGUCAUGCAUUGUUUGUGUCACACCACUACACUCCCUUUUUACCAGUUAUUGAUAAUCCGUCAGAGUCUCCAAGGCUUCUAUGAAAGUAAACAUUUAAAGAAAAGUCAGGCGGAUACUUCCUUGGAAUUUGUCUGUCUGGACACAGUACUUCUGGUGCAGAAAUUAUCUUUUUUUGUCCUGUUCAGUCCAAGCCACUUUCUGGGAUUUACAAGUAACUGAUGAAUUUCAUUCCUACUUCUGUGUUUUUCAGCUCUUCUGCUCAGGAGUAUCUUUCUUUGUUACCACUUUCACACUGUUACUGAAGAUACUUAGUUUAGUCCCAACUCCAUGAAUGUUCAUAAACAGGAGAGAUAACCUGUUCCCAGUCCUGGGGAACCAGCUGUAGGUGGCCCUGCUCAGCAAAGGGGUUGGCCCAGAUGACCUCCAGAGGUCCCUUCCAACUUCAAGCAUUCUGUGAUUCUAUGGUUCACGAGACAGUUGCAUCAAGGAUGUGCAAGAUUGUCACUAGAUCCUUCAAUAAAUUCAACUUCCCUGAGUUUUUCAUCUUGUCACUGAAUUAGUUUUAAGCUAUCUGACUUUAUAUAAUCUCCAGUGUUGGCCAUUACAGGUCAGCUUCCUAUUUGCUAUCUGUACCUUUUUUAUGCGUUGUUAGAUGCCCAUUGAUAUUUCUUCUGAAGGUCAUUUAGGGUUGUUCAAUAACCUGAUUGCCUUGUCUUCUCAGUGGCAGAAAAUAAUAUUGCCUGCAUUGUAUGCUUCACAUAUUUGCAUUUCAUCUCCCUUUCUUUUCUUUUGUUGUAUUUCCACAUGGCGAAACCUGGUGCCCUGUCUGUGGUUCCAUAUUUGUAGACAGACUUGUGUGUGAAGUGAGGUUUGAAUGUUCAGACAUGGUUGAUUUGGAGCAAAGGUACAAAAUUAACUAUUGUCUCUGUUCUUCCAGCCACUAUCUCCAGGACGGGGACGCUGAUGCCUCAUGUAAAAGCCAAGGUAUUGCACUUCAGGUCCACAUGGCAACUGAUAAAUGAUGGCAUAGUUACCUGGUAUUUAUUAUUUGAGAAACUGGCUGAAAAUGAGACCAGAUAGGAAUUGGUUGAAAAUAAGAGCUGACAGCAAUCUGCUUGUAACAAUUUCUCCUUUGUUUUUCACCAGGUUUUCUGCUUGCUUCUAUUGAUAUGUUUAACUUGUCUUCCCUCCCCUGAAAUCCAUUCUCUCUCCUUUUUGCCAUCUGCUUUCCAGCAGAGCUCUUUGGGUGAUAAUCAAGUCCU